AUGUUGUCCACUGAGAGCAUGGAGCCGGAGGAAGCACACACCCAGAGCAGCUUUUUCAGUAAGGUGGAUGUGCCUGACCAUGCUCACUAUAUCAUCGCCUUAUUCGUCUUUGUCAUCGGGAUGCUGGGCAUCACUGGCAACGCGUUGGUUAUGUUCGCCUUCUAUAGUAACAAGAAGCUUCGUAACCUGCCCAACUACUUCAUCAUGAACCUGGCAGUCAGCGACUUCCUCAUGGCUUUCACACAGUCCCCCAUCUUCUUCAUCAACUGUCUCUACAAAGAAUGGGCGUUUGGAGAGAUGGGCUGUAAGCUGUAUGCAUUUUGUGGCGCCUUGUUUGGCAUCACCUCCAUGAUAAACCUACUGGCCAUCUCCAUCGACCGCUACCUGGUUAUCACCAAGCCUCUGCAGGCCAUUCAGUGGGGCUCCAAACGAAGAACCAGCCUGGCGAUCCUCAUGGUCUGGCUCUACUCUUUGGCCUGGAGUCUGGCUCCUCUUGUUGGCUGGAGCUCGUAUAUCCCAGAGGGCCUGAUGACAUCUUGUACAUGGGAUUAUGUCACAUACACAUUGGCUAAUAGGAGCUAUACGAUGAUGCUGUGCUGUUUUGUUUUCUUCAUUCCGCUGGGAGUCAUCUUUUACUGCUAUCUCCUUAUGUUUCUGGCUAUACGGAAGACAAGCAGGGAGGUAGAGCGUCUGGGGACUCAGGUGAGGAAAUCCACCCUGAUUCAUCAGAAGUCCCUGAGGAGUGAGUGGAAGUUGGCAAAGAUCGCCUUUGUCGUCAUUGUGGUUUAUGUUCUCUCCUGGUCACCAUACGCCUGUGUCACAAUGAUUUCCUGGGCAGGGCAUGCUGACAUCCUGUCACCAUACUCCAAAGCUGUCCCUGCAAUCAUAGCGAAAGCCUCCGCCAUCUACAAUCCUUUCAUCUAUGCUAUCAUACACAACAAAUACAGGAUGACUCUGGCAGAAAAGGUCCCGUGCCUGUGGUUUCUGUCUCCUACUCCUCGGAAGGAAUGUAUCUCCUCCUCCAUCAGUGAGUCCUCUUACAGGGACUCCGUCAUCAGCAGACAGUCAACGGCAUCAAGGAGUCACUUUAUUUUAGCUUCUCCUGACACGGUAUUAAGGGAUGUAGAGGUGGAACCUUUGGGAAGGAAGUCAGGUGAUUCCUUCAGAAGCAUGCCAUCGUAUAGACAGUCUUCCAGAGGCAGGUCCUAUAAGAAACAAUUAGAGCAGAAGUCUACAAAGACCAACGCAGCAGAGAAGCAUUCAUCUACCAUGAGUGAAUCAUCGAACAACUGCGACCAUGAACUGGUUUCCAGCUCUCUCACUGUCGCCAGUCUCCCCCUACUGGUUCUCACCAGGAAGCGCAGCCAAAGUCUGACCAAUGACAUUUCAGAUGCACAGGAGAAAAAAGGCAGCAUCAGUGAUCAACACAGGAGUGACUCUUUUGAUUCCCUGAAUUUAGGAAAUAUCUCAUGCACUGAUCCCAAGGCCCCUCAGGGAGUCCCACGCAUAAUCGUCAUCAGUCCAACAUCUGAAAGCAGCCUCAUCAAACACGACAGUUUCUCUUUAGAAGACAGUGUUGAGGCAAUGGAGAACAAUGUUUUUGUCAGCAUGAACUUCUCAUCAGAAGUCUUUGAGGCCGUGGAGCUUCUCUCUUGACCAGCUGGACUAGGCUGGACAGUGAUAUCCCCUUGUACUCUUUUCCAAUGAAGCUAUAUUAUUUAUUAUAAUUUGUCGCCACCGGCGACAACAUCGUUCUCUACUCCUCUCAAGACUUUUUUGGCCAUGGACAGAGUAUUUCUCAAACUAAAUGAAUGAUUGUUCCUGUUUGUUGACUCAUCCUUUGAAGUUAUACCACUCUGCUGCUUCAAAAACUGGAGUGUAGAAGAAAAGUUGGUAUGCAAAAUGAAACAAUAUGACCCAGCUCUGGUAUGCAGUGUGCAUUUUUUGUCAGACUUUGGCAGGGAAAGGUGAACCCUGAGGGGCGAAAUGGGCUGCAGCAUAUUCUGUUAGAUCCCUUAAAAUGACAAGUGUAACAAGCUUGACAUAUUGGAUCCAAGGUGAAGCAGUAAAGUGAAAAUAUUCUAAAUAUAGUGUACACUUUCAUAAAUUUUGAUUUUAUCCCUGCCUGCUUCUCCAAAAUGAGGGCGUGCAGACCAUCUACUGUAGGUAAUAUACUGAUUAUGGAUAAGUGCUCCUUUAAUAGGAAAAGGAGACAAUUUAAAUGAAAAAGAGCAAGAUUUCUGGUCAUUUUCUUAUAAAGUAUAUAUAUUCAUUUGUUGUCUUGUGGUAUUAGUUCCUUUAGGCAGUGUGGAUCUCUCUGACUCAUUGAAACUUUACAUUUUCUUUGUGGUAGCUUUAAUAUGUCUUCCUCCUUGUGAGGACCUGGUGCUUUGUAGCAAAUGCUCCACUCCUUCCGUAAGCUAUUCCUUGUCAAAAAAUAUAAUUGUACGUUUUUGUUGCUUGUGUAUGUGUUGUUGCCUUGUGUGACUCAGAAUCCCAUUAUCGGAAGAACGCACUAGUAACAUAGAUUUAUAUACAGUACACAUAUGACCAAAGAUGUUUACUGAACACUGAAGGAUUUUAUGAUUAUUAAUAUUAAAAGAUGGACAAUUUAUUGCACUUUUUAAAAGUUUUUGUUUUUGUUUUAGACAAAUACCAGAAUCACUGCAGUCAAUGAAUGGCACCUCCCUUUGCUCUUAACUGGCUAAAUAUUCCUAAUCCUAUUUCAUGUAAUCAUUCCAGUAGGAUUUAUUUGCAGCAAUUACUGCAAGUUCAAAAAGCUCUUGAUUUACAGUCAACAUUUCGUGUCUGUUUCUUCUGCGUUUCAACCUUUGAUACUUGUGCAUCUGUUGAUUUUAUAACUAUAAAGAUUAUGGAGCAACGAUGGUGAGGAAA